CUAUACUUAAUAAAUACUAAAUAACAUUAUUAUAUAUUUUUAUCAGUUUUUUUGGUAAAUAAAAGUAUAAAAUAAACAAAUUAGCAUUAAUAAAUGGAAGUAGCUAAUAGGACAAUAUACUAGAUUUCUCUAUAAGAUUAAUUAUUCAAAUCUAACUAAUGUGAAAUCUGUAGUUAUUCCUUUGGGUUAUUUAAAAAGAGCUACUACUGUAAGAGAUGUUACAGGACAAUUUGCUAACCAUGUGGUUAAAAUCGUUGUAUAAUACCUGGUAGCUUAAAGUAAGACAAAAAGCCAAGAAGAAUAUGUGUUAAGUGUGCAGAAGAGUAGAAAGUUAAUUUAGGAACAAUAAGCAAGUGUCAGCUUGUAUUUGGAGAAGACUCUUAAAUAGGAUUAAAUUGGUUGAGAUAUUUAAAUACAAAUAAAUAAGAAGUAGAUGAAGACUUUUAGGAACAAUGUUAAAAAAGUAAUAAAGAGUUAUAAAGCAAUAAGGAUUUGUAAAAAAAAGUACAGCAAGCUUAAUUAGCUUUAGAAAAGGGUUUUAUAGCUCCUAAUGCUUUUAAUUUUAGCAUAUUCGAAAUAGUUUAUGAAUUGUAAAUUGAUUAUAAACAAUCAAAGGAAAAAGUAUUAGGUAUACUGAUCCCUUUUUUUAACAUCUAUAAAAAAUUAAAUGUAUCAGUAGAGCUUCUAUAAUUAUCCUACUUUUUUCUCCUUUUGAGUUCAUAAUCUUUAGCCUUUAAAUUUCUCAAAUCUUAUUUUUCAAUAUUUCCCUCAUAUGUCAUGGAAAGUGAAAAAGUUAUUGAUGUACUGUCUUAAAAAAUAAAUAGCUAGUUUUAAAAUGAACCAUUCUGCAAAAAUAAUAAAAAUUUUGACUUAAAUUUCCUUGCAUAAAAAUACCAUAAAUAUAUCUCUUCAUUCUUUGUUAAUUUCCUCAGGUUCGAAACUCAGAUUACCCUAAUUGAUAGUAUAUUUAUUUCAAAAUCCGUAAGAUUUUUAUUUUCUAUUACAGUUUCUUAGUAUUUUUGGCAAGCAAUAGAUAAUCAAUUUUUCUUUUAACGAACUAAUUUUAUCUUAAUAAUUAACGCAUUAAGUAAGUAAGAAUCAUAAAUUCAUCUUUAAUUAAAGUUUAAUAGGUUAGAACAAACUAUUUUUAAGGUCUUUCAAGAUUUUCUGACACAAAAAAUGUUACAUAAUCGAUUUGAUAGAUACUUAUUACUCAUUUCUUCUAAUACCAUAUUCCAAAACCUUCCAAGGAGUUUAAGCAAGCAAUACACUUAGGACUUAGAAACACUAAAUACAUAAAAUAACGAGGAAGGUGAUUAUUCAGAUAGUGAAGAAAUAGUACAGAUAGCAGGUAGUUAAUUUAAGAAAAAAAGAAUAAGUUAGAGCUAUUAUGAGUAAGAAAAUUAGGAACUUAAAAAGAAAUUAUAAGAAAAGAAUGACUAGAUAAAAGGUCUUCAAGAAAAACUGUUUUCUCUUUCAGUUAAACCAAACUAAUAAGAAUAAGUCCUUAUAAAAAAAAUGCAAAGUGAUAUUAAUCUACUUUAAAAGAAAAUUAAAGAUCAAUAAAAAUUUAUAGAAGAACUUACCCAAAAAAUUAUUAAGCAAGCAAAAGAAAAAGAAGAUUCCUCUUAAGUAGAUAAAGCUAGGCAAAUGAUUCAAGUCGAGUUAAAAGAAAUGUGUAAUUAAAUUAAAGCAUAAGUAAAUGAAGAAAUCUAAAGUUAACUUAAAGCCAAUAUAACAGAGACAUUUUAGAAUCUAACUCCCAACAAGUCUAUCGAAAAUGUUGAUAAUAUACAAUAUGAAAAUUAUCAGUCCUCAAACUUUUUGUCUACAGCCCUAAAUAGUAAUAUCAAUAAUAAAUAAAACCACAAAAGCUUUGAAAUACAAACAGGAAAUAAGCAAAAAAAUGAAUCUUUCUUUUCCACAAUUUACAAUAAUCACUCAAGAUAAAAUUCUUAAUUUGCUGAUGUUCAAUUUAUGAAUAAUUUACUUGGAGAAAUAAAUUAGUAGCAACUUAAUUUUUAAGUCACAAAUAACUAAAUUUAAUCAGGUAAAUAAGGACACUUUACUGUUUAAUCAGUUGAUAAUAAUGCUAAUUUAUAGAAAACAAAUGAAAAGGUAGCUAAAAAGAGUAUGAGCGUCUGUGAUGAUGACAAGGAAAUAAUAUCAAGCAGCCUUGAUAUUUCCCGAAAUACUAAAAAGUCUAACACAUCUUCAGAAUCUAUUCGUGAAGACUAUUUGGCUUUCGAUUAAUCAAUAAUAGAACGUCUAGAUAAGCUUUAAGGAUUGCUUCUUAAAGACUAAAAAAUAAUUUCUUAACUCUUCUUUUAAGAAAGUACAAAGUUAUCAAGUCAAUGA